UUAUGGUUUUUUCUCCUUUGCAAAGAUGCCCUUUUCAACGAAUGAUAGUUUCAUGCCAUUGAUAACAGAUACAAAGCUUAAAACUCAGUAGUAACUCUCUCUCUGUUGCCAUGUCCGUUCACCUCAAACUCUCUCAUUCAAAUCGUAUCUAUCACCCUUCCGAGCUUCUGAAAGGAAACAUAAUUGUAGAAACACAGUCUUCAAUUUCACACUAUGGGAUUCGUAUCACUAUCAAAGGAUCCGUCAAUUUGCAGGUUCGUGGAGGAUCAGCUGGGGUUGUUGAGUCAUUCUAUGGUGUUAUUAAGCCUAUUCCAAUUCUGAAGAGGACCGUUGAGAUUAAGCCUUCCGGAAAGAUCGGUUCGGGCACGACAGAGAUACCAUUUUCAUUGAACCUUAGACAGGAAGAGAAUUUAGAAAAGUUUUAUGAGACUUUCCAUGGGACAGAUAUUAGUAUCCAGUAUUUAGCGACUGUAGAUAUUUCUCGCGGAUACUUGUAUAAAUCUUUAUCAGCAACGACGGAGUUCAUUAUUGAAAGUGAUAAAGGUGAUCUUCUACAAAGACCAAUAUCUCCAGAGACGGUCAUCUUUUAUAUUACACAAGACACUCAAAGACAUCCUCUUCUUCCUGAAUUAAAGUCCGGUGGAUUUCGGGUGACAGGAAAAAUCUGUACUCAGUGUUCUUUGUCCAGUCCUAUUAAUGGCGAACUAACUGUCGAAGCAUCAGCAGUUCCAAUUCAUUCGAUCGACAUCCAGUUAUUUCGCGUUGAAUCUAUUCUUAUUGGGGAGAAAAUUGUGAAUGAAACCUCACUGAUUCAAACAACUCAGGCAAGUGAUGCUGGAUUUAUAGCAGAUGGUAACGUGUGUCGCAAUUUGACAAUGCCUAUCUAUGUAAUACUUCCUCGACUUUUGACCUGUCCAACAAUCUUCGCUGGUCCCUUUUCAAUUGAGUUCAAAGUUGCAAUUGUUAUAAGCUUUCAAUCAGAGCUAUCUAAAUUGCAAAAGAAGUCUGACUCAAGAACUCCAAGACUCUGGCUUGCAAUGGAAACAUUACCGCUCGAAUUGGUUCGCACAAUGUAAAUGCAUGAUUGAUGUAUGGUUUAUUAGAAUAGGACAUGACUUGAAAAUAUGGAUGGUUAUAACUUACCAAUGCAAUAUUUUAGUUGAGGGUAUUGGCUAUAUGGAAUUUCAGGUCAAAAAGUGUAAUCAAUAUUAAUAGUUCAACAUUGGAAGCACUGUUAUUUUAUAGGUGUUUCACUUUUUCAAGGGAUGUAACUGCUGUCAAAUUUUUGAUGUUAAAUAGGAUGUCUUCUGAUUUUUAUGUGUACAA